AAGGGAUUGGAGACAUCGGAUAAGUUAUUAACUGAAACGGGGCGGUAGCUAUUAGGACGGGAGGUGGACUACCAGGGCGGCGCCGAGCCGGAAGAAAGGAACGGGUUGCGGGCAGCCUUUGCUGACAGCCAAGAUUCGAGCAAGAUGCGUAUGGAUGGCCUCUCCCAGAUCCCGCCACACCUCAGAUCCUGUCACAGUCACGCCCUUCCCCCUGGCGAGCAUACUACAGUACGUAGUAGUACGACCGUGGACAAUUCCAAAAGUCCGCAGCCUGCUCCACUCUCGUCCCAGAACACCCAGCCGACAGCGCGAAUCGUCGCCUGGGUUUUGCCCGAGCCCAAUAAUGCACAGAAAUCUGCCCUCAGUCGCGGCUGCGCCCAUCUCGGCCUCGUCCAUCGUCCCGCUGGGAUCACCUCCGUCCAUCACCAUGUCGCUCUCCAGGUGCUGUUCUGAUCGUGAUAGUCCAGGGCAAUAUGAAAGCCAGCUGCGUCGUCCGUGCUGAGACCUGUCAGAGUGAUGUCCAUGUCCGCGUGUGGCGCUUGGCGCGGUGGAUUGCCCUGUUCGCGCGGCUCGGCUGUCCACGGCGCCUCCCACGCCCAAUUGCCAUCGUCGGUGAGCUGUGUGACCUCGCCCUCGGCUCAUCCGCUCGCCGUCCUCGUCCCCUCCGCUCUCCGCACCGCUCC